UGUGCGCCCUGCUGACCAAUCAGAGCGCAGGAGGCGGGAUCAGCGCGUGUUUGCAGGGUGACAUUGAGCGUGAAGUCGCCAUGUGUGAGCUAUAAUGCGUUACAGUGAGCAGUGUGUAGCUGUGAGAUAAUUAAUUCACUCAUGGAGACUUCAAACCCAGAUGAGCCCCACCUCAGACACGUGGAGCGCGACGUCCUGAUCCCGAAAAUGAUGAGAGAGAAAGCUAAAGAGCUCUGCGCCGAACACGUCGAAGCGUUCACAAAGUGCUGUAAGGACAGCGGGCUGCUCAUGGUGGUGAAAUGCAGAGAGGAAAAUAACGCUAUGAAACAGUGUCUCACCAAACAUUACACAGAUCCGGCGUUCUAUGAGGAGUGUAAGCAGCAGUACAUCAAGGAGAAGCAGGAGUACGAGCGCACCGGCAUCUCCGCCAAACACAGAGCGCACCGAUUACCCACCAGCAUGUAGAUCUCUCUCUCACACACACACACACACACACACACACACACACACACACACACACUGCUGUUUAUAUUCAUGACUAAACCUCAUAUAAAUUCAUAGAGAGAGUUUUAAUCACAUCAGAUGGAAUUUCCUCCGCUGGGACUCUCUCUCUCACACACACACACACACACAUUUUUUUUUUUUUUUUUAGAAUGCACUUAUUAUUUUGUUCUGAUUGUUUUUUUUUUUUUCUUAUUCUUUUGCGGGAUCAUCAGUUUUGUUUGAAAGUGAAACACACACAGUUUCCAGCAGCAGGGGAAUGAGCUGUGUCUAUCUUUUUUAAAUGAUGUGAGUUAAUAAAUGUAAUAAACCUCA